CAGUCACGUUUGGCUAUGUUUUGGUGGAAACAACUAAAGCUUACAACUUAGUGACGUCCUUUUGUAGUAAAGAGUGUUGAAAUAUUUUCCUUUCUUUUUUUUUCUGUCGCAGGUCUCAAGUUGCAAUCAAGGAGGAGCUGAGAAUCCUUCGGGCCCAUGUUGGAACCUGCUCCACAAAUAUAAAGAGCUGCCUCUCCAUAACAAGGGAAAGACUGAAUCACAGCUUUCGAGGAGGAGUCGAACGGAGCGCACCGUGCACAACGAGACGCACAGUGGCACCCAGCAGCUCCUGUCAUUUAGCAUAGGUUGGUCUGAAAACCAAUUUGGUCUCACAUGAUUUCAAGGUUCUGUCACAAUUUCUCGUCAUUUUUCUUUUGGAAUGAUUUACUUACUUAGGCUACUUUUUUUCAUUUAAAAAAAUAUCAGUUCACCUAAGUAGGAUCUAUGCUCUAUUGUUUUUAAUUGACCGAGUAGAAUCAGUAGUAAUUAAAAAAAAAGUUUAAAAGAAGGGAGAUUAAGAGCCGCAGCCAACGUCUGCUCCAGUGCAGGGUUCGGGAAUGGCGGCGUUAAUUAGCGCAUACUCCUCUUGGCCGGAGAGCUUUGAAUGCUCUGCGGGAGAUGGAGACGUCCCUGACGGACACACCUCUCACAGAAGUUCUGUGGACAAGACAUCGGAGCCGCGCAUCAGGAGACCCAUGAAUGCUUUCAUGGUGUGGGCCAAGGAUGAGCGAAAGCGCCUUGCCGUUCAGAAUCCCGACCUACACAACGCAGAACUUAGCAAGAUGCUUGGAAAGUCCUGGAAGGCUCUGACUCCCCCGCAGAAGCGUCCGUACGUGGAGGAAGCGGAGCGGCUGCGGGUGAAGCACAUGCAGGACUACCCCAACUACAAGUACCGGCCCCGCAGGAAGAAGCAGCUCAAGCGCAUCUGCAAGCGCGUGGACCCCGGCUUCCUCCUGGGCGGCCUGCCCCCCGACCAGAACAUCCUGCCAGACCCACGCAGCUGCUGUCACCCGCUAGACAAGGAUGAUGACGGAAGUGUCAUCGGAGGCGGUGGAGGAGGGUUCUCGUCACCGUCCCUCCCCGGCAUGAGGGUCUUCCGGGAUCCGGGCAGCUCCAACAGCAGCUUUGACACCUACCCCUACGGCCUGCCCACACCUCCAGAGAUGUCCCCUCUGGAUGUGGUGGACCACUCAGAGCACCCGUCCUUCUACCCUGCCUCUAUCCCCGUCAGCUCCAGGUCUUGCACUCCACCCUCAGGCGCGUGCCCCGAUGACAGACGCCUGGGCCCGGCCCACUUGAGUAACCCACCACCCUAUCACCCAGACUACUCCCAGCAGGGUCCUCUACCACCUCACCACCACUGCAGCCCCCACAUGGGCCACCACAUGUCUAUGUCCCACCAGCUCCACACCCCUCCACUCCCCUACUACGGCGCCUCCUUCCCCCAGAUCCAGAUCCACCAUCAUGGGCUGCAGGGACACUUGGGCCAGCUCUCCCCUCCGCCGGAGCAAGGUCAGCUGGAAAACCUGGACCAGCUGAGCCAGGCCGAGCUCCUGGGCGAGGUGGACAGGGACGAGUUUGAUCAGUACCUGAACUCCAACUCCGCCAGUGGCUACCACCACGGCGAGCAGCAGGGCACCAUGACAGUGACAGGACACAUCCAGGUGACUGCCGCCACUGCCUGCUCCAGCAGCAACACAGAGAGCAGCCUCAUCUCUGUGCUGGCAGACGCCACCGCCGCAUACUACAACAACUAUGGCCUCUCCUAGAAACACCACUGGACUCCUUACGAUUAGAAGAGAGCUGUGGUUAAUUGGGACAGGUCAUAUCAGACUGACGGUUAAAAGGCGGACAAAUGAGGAGAGGACAAGGAGACGAGGGGGAGAUGGACGGAGACAGGUCAAAGGUCAUCUCAGGGAUCAACAGAUGUUUCUCAACUUUAAUGUUGUCGUUCCAAAAAAAAAAGGAGAAGUGAGGAGAGAAGAAAAAAAGAAAGCAAUCUAAUGAGCUGAUUUUGUUCUCAUAUAUAGUUUAGUCUGUCACUGAAGCAUGUACAUAUGUGCUCUUAGGCUUAUUUAAGUAUUUCUAUGUUUUGCAUUUUUCUUAUUGUACUGCUGUCUUUUCGGUUGGAAUUGCCUUCAUACACAUUGUAUGAACCUCAUGAAUUGUUUUUUACCUCAGCAAUUUGUAUUUAAAGGAUGCUGGUUGAGUAUGCAAAAAUUCCACAUGACAUAAUAAUGGUGAAUGAUGAAGGAAGUGCAUUGAAUAACUUUUUUCCACAUAGUUCCUAAACAUAUAUAUGAAUACUUACUUAAAUAUCUAUACUCAUAAUCGUUAUGACCGAGAAUAAUAAUGAUAAAUAUUAUGGUAUGCUGAUCUAGGAUUGUGAAAUUGAAUUAAUUUAAUUAAGCACCAGUUUUUAUAUUGAUAUUAAUGCUAUCCCCUCCCAACACCUUCCCACACAAAAAACUCUAAAAUGACUUUGAAAUGAACGUAAAAAUGCCUGUACUUAUGUAUGAGAAAUGUACAGUAUAACUAUAAAGGAAGCUGGAUUCACAGAUUACUGUGUGUGUUCUCACCGUAAUAUCUGGCUGACACCAUCUGUAAUAACGUCAAAGUGAAUGAAGGAGCGUAGGUGCUCCUUAUUGUUUUGGGAAAUUUGAGAAGGACCGUUCCCAAAGACCUGAUUAGACCUGAAACAAUUGUAAUAAAGAAGUCAUUUUAAACCAA